GAGUAUUUUGUAUUGAAGUUAAAAAUGGCGACGGAUACUUGCUCUUCGAUUACCGUUGAGCGCGAUUAGAUAGCAGUGACAUUGAAACAUGGGAGAAAUACAUAUUACCAGGUGACAUUAUCAGCAAGGCCAAUUUUUCGAAGAUGAUUGGCCGACGCUGCGCUCUCGUUGCUUUAGGCGGCCUUUUGAUUCUCGUUCUAAGCGUCAACGUAUAUUUCAUCCGAAUGAUCGUCGAGAGCUCGUCACAGAAGACUUCUUCCAAGGGGAUGCCUGUCUCGCAAUUGAAAUCUGAACAGGAACAGCUGAUCUCUAACGUGGAACAGAAUUUGGAAGUUCCGCAAAAAUCAGUUGCGAGAGACAUGGCGAGGAAGAUUAAGGAGGAAAUUCAAACGCUACCCUCGAAAUACUUUAAACAGAAUAACAGUUAUGCAAUAGUCCUGGAACGAUUGUUUGCCGAAUUAAAAGUAACGCCUAAUGUUCGUGAAAAUAUAUGGAAUAUACCUAAUAAUAAUUGGCCGGAUGCGCACCAGUUGAUCCCGCCGGUUGCACCUGAACUAGGAACAAUUUUGGACACUUUGCGCAAAUCGAAGGUGACGAGAGCAGAUAAUGCGCCACUCGGUACGCAAUUGAAAUUGAUGUUAACGCUGGAACACGGAGUGAAGGCGAUGUUCAAGCCUCAAUGGUAUUCCAGAGAUAUGGUUAUUCAAGGGCCGGUGUAUCAUGGGAAAGACCGGCAUAACGCCGAAGUCGUUGCAUUUCAUUUAUCUUCCUUACUGGCCUUGAGGAGGGUACCAAUUACUGUUGCGAGGAAACUCGACCUGAGGAAGGAAAUUCGACCACGCGCGACACCCGAGCUAUAUACGACCAUGUAUCAAGAUGGCAACGAUACUUGUCUUUACGGAGUUUGCCAUUAUUGUUCUCCUGCCGAUCCAGUUUGUGGAACAGGAGACAUUUUAGAGGGUGCUUUGAUUUCAUGGUUACCGAGGUAUUUAAGGCUUGUGAAGCACCGUCAUCCCUGGCAAAGGACAUACAAAAAGAAUAAAUUCGCCAUGUGGGAGACGGAUGGUAAUUAUUGCGAAAAAGUCAAACUGUCCAAAGCCUAUUCCCCGCAAUCAUCGAGCAGACUCUUGGAUUUAGUAGAUACCGCGAUCUUCGACUUUUUAAUGGACAACGGCGAUCGUCAUCAUUACGAGUUAGCGCAAAACAAUUUCCACAAUCCGGCCGUUCUGUUGAUCGACAACGGGAAGAGCCUAGGAAAUCCUGACGUUGAUCACUUUGACAUUUUAGCACCGUUGUAUCAGUGUUGCAUGAUUCAUAAAACUACUUGGGACCGUUUGAGGUUGUUCAGUGGCGGUUCGUUGAGCGUGGCUGUUAGGAAACUUGUUGCACACGAGUCGGCGAUAGCUGGUGUCGAACAUCUAAUUACAGAUGCUCAUUUAAGUGCCAUGGAUAGAAGAUUACUUACUGUAUACGCGGUAGUAGAAUAUUGUUUAAAAAGCAAAGCAUAUGCUUCUAAUGUAAUAUUAGAUCAUCGGUAGCUGGCGUUUUAUAGAAUUUAACAAUUUUAAUACUCGAAUAGGAACAUAUAUAUAUAUAUAUAUAAUCUGUAUUUUAUACAACGUAACGACAAAUGGUGCUCGAGAUAGUACCGUUUCAAGGAAUGGCGUCAAUUCAGAAUUUAUUGAAAUUUGCAAGGGUUGUUUUUUAGACUAAAUUAAGAACACAAAAUGUUAUGUAUCUCGAAUAAAAUGGCUUUGUACACACAGUA